AGGGCUGUGCCCGGCGCUGUCCGCAGGCGCGGAGGGCGGGGCGGCGCCGCGAGGGCGGGCGGGUCGCCAUGGGCAGUAAGAUGGCGGCUGCCGCUAGGGUCGUUCAGGUGGUCAAGCCACACACGCCAUUAAUUAAGUUCCCAGACAGAAAAAGUAGUCCUAAACCCAAAAUGCAGGAAUCUCUACAAGCAAGUGUGCCAUCUCUCCAUGAUUCAAAAGCACAGGAGUCCAUAGGAGGCAGAUCACCAGCCUUUCAGAAUAUUUCACCUGUUAGUAGAGUACAAGGUAUACCAGACACUUCUGAAUUAGCAAGACUCUUACCUCAGAAAUACAAAAGGAAACUUAUGUCUGAUGAAGAGAUUGAAUAUAUUCAACGUGGAGGUCCAGAAUAAGUAUGGAAGAUAUCUCACUGGCCACUGUUGAAGAACGAAGUAUUAUAUUCACAAUAAAUGCAUUUCCUUAAUGUUAGAAAUUCUUGUAGUCCAAUAGCUUUAAUAAAAAACCCAUAGGAAGGGUGACAAGUUCGACACAACAUGCUAUGUAUUAAUUUGUGAUUAAGAAUUUUCUAUUGAUGGCUAACUAGCAACUGAAUAUAUUUGAUGUCCAUGCUAUUAAAAUACUUUUCUAAUUAGCCAUUUGCAAACUUGACAAUCUAACACAGUAAUUUUAUUUUUCUACUUGGAAAGAUUUAGAUGUCUUAUCAGGAAUGACUUUAUGGGAAGGAAAUGGACACUGACAUGUUCUUG